GGAGUAGCAGGAGUAGUAAAAAAUUUACAACUGCUGGCUGCAACGCAACCUUUUGCGUUUUACACGAGAGUAGACCAGGAGUAAAACGGGAACAGUAGUGGAGUAGUAAAGAGUAACCCCGGAGUUCCACUCAUUUACUGUCUCUUGAUGAAGAACAAAAGCUUUCCUUCCUUCGAUUCCAUUGGCUGCUUUCUCGCUUCCCUUCCUUCUUCUCCUUCUUCUUCUUCCCUCCGCUCGCAAUUCAAAACGACAGCCGCGAGGAAAGGACAGACAUUCAUUCCCCCUCCUAAAAUCGACUAGACUUCCAUGCCGAGCCGCGCCGAUCUUUGACUCGCUAUGGCGAAGCUCGCCGCGCACUCCUCCUCCUUCGCCCUCGGCUUCCUUCGCCGCCUCCUCUGCGCCCACACCGCCGGUGAGUCCGCCGACACCGCACAGAAGCACCGUGGCGGCGGUGGUGAUGCUGCGGCGGCGCCGGAGGAAGGGGCGGAGGCGAGGAGCCCCUGCAUUGUGGCCAGGCUGAUGGGCCUCGACGCGAUGCCCACGCCGGCCCGCGACGACAGCCCAAGGCAGCUGCGGCGGAGCCGGUCCGCGAGCUCCGCCGAAGGCCGGUCCUCCUCCCCGCCGACGCCGCCAUGCCGCUUCUGGGAUGGCCCGCGGCCCAGGGUGGUGAGGACGACGUCGUCGUCGUUCAGGGACCGGCCCGCGUACCUGCGGCCGGAGAACGACGAGUUCCUCCUCCUCAGCUUCAGCCCCGACGACAAAGACGAUGACGACAAGGCGGCGGAGGAGGGGUUCUUCCAGGUCGCUUCGGCAAGGUACGACGGCGGCGACGAGACAGGCAAGAUACAGAGGCGGGGCCGCCGGAGAGUCUCGCGGCGGCGGCGGCGGUGCGGCGACGAGGAAGCGGAGGCGGGGCCUGGCCGGAGCAGCAGCAGGAGGCCGGCCACGGCGGGUGGCCUGCAGCAGCAGAACUCGAGCCCGGUGUCGGUGCUGGAGGCGAGAGACGGGCAGGAGGAGGAGUCCACUACCACCAUGACCACCACCACUUCCUCGUCGUCGUCUUCUUCCAUUGACGAAGUGGAGCCAGCAGAAGAGCCGUGGUCGCCCACCUCAGGAGAAAAUUGGCUGGCGCUGAGGGAGCAUCAGGGCUUAAGGAGGAAGCUGCUGCAACCCCACUCUGAAGAUCUCAGCGGUGGCCUGCCUCCUGCUCCUGCAGUGCCAAGGACGAGCCAUGUCUCUAAUUUUUCAUAUGGGGAGAGAAGGGGCAUGAGAUUGCUGAACAAGGUCGAAGUGAUAGCCCCAGAUGCAACCAGCAUCUGGCGAAACAUCUGCAGGCUACUUGAGAAAGAUAUCUGUGGCAUGAAAUGGGAAGCUAGGGAUGAUGGAGACCUUGCAACCGAGAUGGAGCGGGAGAUCCUUGAUCAGCUCAUCUGUGAGGAAACAGAUGAGCUGAUGCAGCUAAUUAUGGUCUGAAACUGUACAUGGUGACCCAUUCUGUUGCUUCUGCAAGCACCCAUGUUGCAGAAAUCUUCAGAAUAAUAGACUACUGAACAAGGAUGAAGCAAUCGACCGCCCCAGAUGCGGAAACGUUCUGGUUGUAGAUGAUGAUGAUGAUCCCAGCAACAUGACUACAUGAGCUGAAUUGCCUAUGCAUCAAGAAGUUCUUCAGGCUGAAGGUCUCAAGAAACGAAAAUCAUGCUCCGCUCAUACAGCCAUGCUAUGUAACUGUACAUGCUUUUCCUCCCCAUUUCAGCACCAUGUACUAGUCCCUGAAUAACCUAACAAUAUAUUACUGUGAGUUAGUUGACAUAAUCUUGUGUAAACCUUGCCCUGAUGUGCGUAUAAGAGCUGUUUUACAGUACUGUAAUGAAUAUGGGCCGUUCAUUGUUGAAAA